GCGAGCAGUUCACAGGGCUCUCCAGAGCCGCCUUCUCAGGAAGCAGGAACCGAAAGAACUGCUCCCGCCUCGGCCUCCUCCUCCUGCUGUCCCCCGCUCCCUGCAGCCUCGUCCUCUGCUGCUGGCCAUGCCGGCGAGGGGAAGGUAAUGAGCCGCAGAGCCCCGGGGACUCGGCUGAACAGCGGCAAGCAGUACCAGCGGAGCUGGAAUGACUGGCAACCCAGAUCUGAUAGUGCUUCAGCUGAACACGACAAUUUAAAAUACUCGACUUCCAGAGAUCGGGGCAGUUCUGCCUCCUAUGGAUCGCACACUUCAAAUUCAGCUGGGCGACAAAAGCAUGAUGAUGUCCGGGUUCAUACUGAGGCGCACACUGAAGAGGAAGAUGGCUACAGCAUCAAUGGAGGAUCUGGAGAAAAUGCUUUUGGUCGGAAGUCGUUGGGGCAAGAGCUGAGGGUUAACAAUGUGAGCCCUGAUUUCACUGUUCAGCAUGGAAACCGUGCUUUAGCCACAAAAGAAAUGAGGAAAAACCAGGAGCGAUCGCUGUCCUAUUCCGAUGAGUCUCGGCUGUCGAAUCUUUUACGGAGGAUAACCCGGGAAGACGACAGGGACCGAAGACUGGCUACUGUUAAGCAGCUGAAAGACUUUAUUCAGCAGCCAGAAAAUAAAAUGGUACUGGUUAAACAACUUGACAACAUCCUGACCGCCAUAAAUGAUGUGUUAAAUGAAAGUAGUAAACUUCUCCAGGAGCUGCGGCAGGAGGGGGCGCAGUGCUUGGGCUUGCUCUGCGCUGCUCUGAGCUAUGAGGCAGAGAAGAUCUUUAAGUGGAUUUUUAGCAAAUUUAGCUCAUCUUCUAAAGAUGAAGUCAAACUUCUUUUCCUGUGCGCUACCUACAAAGCUCUUGAAACUGUAGGAGAAAAGAAAGCAUUUUCCUCUGUGAUGCAGUUGGUAAUGACCAGCUUGCAGUCAAUCUUGGAGAAUUUAGAUACACCAGAACUGCUGUGUAAAUGUGUGAAGUGCAUCUUGCUCGUGUCCCGCUGCUACCCACAUAUCUUCAGCACAAACUUCAGGGACACAGUUGAUAUUUUGGUUGGAUGGCACAUAGAUCUCACACAGAAAUCUUCGCUCACUCUACAGGUGUCAGGGUGGCUACAAAGCCUGGAGCCAUUUUGGGUUGCCGACCUUGCAUUUUCCACUACUUUGUUGGGGCAGUUCCUGGAAGACAUGGAAGCCUAUGCCGAUGAUCUUGGCAACAUUGCUUCUGGUGAAUCUGUUGAUGAAGACAUUCCUCCUCCAUCAGUUUCAUUGCCUAAGCUCGCUGCUCUUCUCAGAGUGUUCAGUACAGUGGUACGAAGUAUUGGGGAGAGAUUCAGUCCGAUCAGAGGACCCCCGAUUACUGAAGCUUAUGUCACCGAUAUCUUGUAUCGAGUGAUGAGGUGCGUUACUGCAGCCAACCAGGUGUUCUCCUCAGAGACUGUAUUAACAGCUGCCAAUGAAUGCGUUGGUGUAUUACUCGGCAGUAUGGAUCCUACCAUGGCAAUACACUGUGAAAUGGUAAUCGCAUACGGGUUAGACCAGCUGGAGAACUGUCAGACUUCUGGUACUGAUUACAUUAUCUCUGUCCUCAACUUACUAACUCUGAUUGUCGAACUGAUUAAUACGAAAUUACCUUCUACAUUUGUGGAGAAACUCUUUGUGCCCGACUCAAAGCUGCUUGCACUACGAUUCCAUAAGGAAAAGGAAGUAAUUGGUGCAGCCAAUGCCCUGUACCAAGCAGUAUUGACCCUGAAGAACAUUCCGGUUUUGGAGACGGCAUAUAAACUGAUUUUAGGAGAAAUUACAUGUGCUUUGAACAGUCUCUUGGGAUGUCUACAACUACCCGAGGCCUGUGCUGAGAUUCAGCAUGAAGCCUUUAAGAAUCAUACGUUUGGUGUGGACAGCGCAAAGUUUGUUGCUGUAUUUGACUUGAAUGUUCUGAUGACAAUUGGUAACGCAAAAAACUCACUGAUUGGGAUGUGGGCUUUGUCUCCCACUGUGUUUGCAUUGCUGAGUAAGAAUCUAAUGGUGGUGCAUAAAGAAAUCGCAGUUCACUAUCCGGAGGUGCAGUACGCUGUGCUCUGCACGUUGUACUCACAUUGUACCAGGCACGACCACUUCAUUUCCAGUAGUCUCAGUUCAUCAUCUCCCUCGUUGUUUGAUGGCGCAGUGAUCAGCACAGUAACCACCGCCACCAAGAAACAUUUCUCCGUUAUUCUAAAUCUCCUGGGAAUGCUGCUAAAGAAAGAGAAUAUAUGUCAAGAUUCUCGGAGAUUGUUGAUGAGCUGGGCUAUGGAAGUGGCUGUCCUGAUGAAGAAAUCGGACACGUACGCUCCAUUAUUUUCACUGCCAUCCUUUCACAGUUUCUGCAAAGGACUACUGGCAAAUACCCUUUCUGAAGAUGUGACUAUCAGCUUACAAUCUUGUAACAGCCUCCAUGUUGUAGCAUCAUCACUACCAGAAGACUUGCUGCAGAGGUGUGUUGAUGUGUGUCGUGUGCAACUUGUGUCAAGUGGAACACGGAUCAGGCAAGCAUUCGGAAAGCUUUUGAAGUCUAUUCCUUUAGACAUUGUGUUAAGGAAUACAAGUCACACGGAAAUUCAGGAGAUCUCCUGUGCAGUGAGAAGCCACAUGAACAAAUCUCCCAGCAACACUUUUCAUCCACAAGAUUUUUCUGAUGUCAUCAGUUUUAUACUGUAUGGGAGCUUUCAUAGAUCUGGGAAGGAGAACUGGCUGGAGAGGUUGUUCUACAGCUGCCAGAGACUGGAAAAGCGAGACUCUUCACUCAUUCCUCGAAACCUGCUGAAGACUGAGGCUGUCCUCUGGCAGUGGGUUGUAUGGGAAGCAGCUCAGUUCACUGUCUUGUCAAAGUUACGGACACCUCUAGGAAGAGCCCAAGAUACGUUCCAAACAAUUGAAGGUAUUAUCCGAAGCCUGGCUGCUCACACUCUGAAUCCAGACCAGGAUGUUAGCCAGUGGACGACUGCAGACAACGAUGAAGGGCAUGCCAAUAACCAGUUGCGUCUAGUACUUCUCUUACAGUAUUUAGAGAACCUUGACAAGUUGAUGUACAAUGCUUACGAAGGAUGUGCGAAUGCCUUAACCUCCCCACCCAAGGUCAUCAGAACUUUCUUCUAUACGAACCGACAAACGUGCCAAGACUGGCUCACUCGUAUCCGAAUUGCCAUCAUGAGAGUAGGAUUGUUAGCUGGCCAGCCCGCUGUCACAGUCAGACAUGGCUUUGACUUGCUGGCUGAGAUGAAGAAUAACAGUGCCCCCCAGGGAACAGAAUUUGAGCUGACUGUGAUGAUGGUGGUGGAAGCCCUUUGUGAACUUCAGUGCCCAGAAGCUAUACAGGGACUUGCUGUAUGGUCUUCAGCAGUGGCUGGAAAAAGUCUCUCUUGGAUCAAUUCCGUGGCCCUGCAAGCAGAUGGAAGGUUUGAGAAAGCGGCGGUGGAAUAUCAGGAGCACUUAUGUGCUAUGACUGGGGUAGACUGCAGCACCUCGGGAUUUGAUAAGGCUGUUCUGAAACUGGCAAAUUCGAACAGCACAUCUGCCAGCCCUAAGCAUGCUAAUGGAGAUGCCCGUAAAACAGUCCUGUCGAAACCUAGUGAUCCUCUCCCUGAAGUCGUCAACUACUUGGGCAAUAAGGCAUGCGAGUGCUACAUUUCAAUAGCUGACUGGGCUGCAGUCCAGGAAUGGCAGAACAGCAUGCAUGACUUGAAGAAAGGAGCAUUGGGAAGCUGUAUUAACAUGAAAACUGACUUCAAUUAUAUUAAGUCUCUAAGCAGCUUUGAGUAUGGGGAGUAUCUUGAAUGUGCAGAACAACUGGAAUUAUUGCCUGGGGAAAAUCUAAAUCUAGCAAAUGGUGGCUUUAAGGAAAAAAUAGACAUGAAGAAGCUCCUUCCCAGUCUGCUUAGUCCUGAUCCAAGAGAACUUCAGAAGUGUAUUGAGGUUCAGCUGCUUAGAAGUUCUGUGUGCUUGAGUUUGGCUCUAAGCGAACCAGAGCAAGAACAAAAAUGGCAAGCCAUCUCCGAAAAUCUCACAAAACACUUGAAGCAAACAGCCCGUAUAGCCAUGGGACCAGUAAGACUCUCCACGCUGACUAUAUCCCAGUCACUUCCGGUUUUAGGGACAUUGCAGCUGUACUGUGCAUCGUCUCUGGAGAGCACGGUGUCGAGCAGACUUACGACUGAGGACUGUCAGAUUCCACUUUUCAGUGAAGCUUUGAGGUCCUGUAAACAGCACGAUGUACGGCCGUGGAUACAUGCUCUGAGAUACACCAGCUUCCAGAAUCGGCUCGAUGAUAAAUUCAAAGAACAAACCAUGUCCGUCAAGAGUCAUCUGAUGGAAUUAGGUCUCACAGCUGCCAAGUGCGCAAGGAAGCGGGGCAACGUCACACUUGCUGCGAGGUUAAUUGGCCAGUGCAGCAAUAUCCAACUUGGACAAGUGACUACCGCACAGGAUCUGGUUGCUAGUUUUAAAAAGCUCUCACUGCACGGGCAGAUGGAUGAAAAGUGGGGACCAGAGCUAGAGAUUGAAAAAGCUAAAUUACUGUAUGCUGCAGGUCAGUCUACACACGCCAUGGAAAUGCUGAGCUCUUGUGCCAUUUCUUUCUGUAAAUCUGCGAAAGCCGAAUAUGCUGUAGCAAAAUCUAUCCUGACUCUGGCCAAAUGGAUCCAAGCAGAUUGGAAAGAGAUUUCAGGACAGAUGAAGCAAGUGUACAGGGCACGUCCGCAAGCAAACGCUCCAAGUCUGUCUUCUCUGGGUAAAAACGUGCUGGCUCUCAUCGAUCUGCCGCCUGUUAGCACCUUCGAUGAAGAGUACCCACGUAUUGAAAGCGAAUCCACAGUGAACAUUGGUGUUGGUGAGCCGGAUUUCAUACUGGGCCAGCUGUAUCAUUUGUCUUCUGUUCAAGCUCCUGAAGUUGCCAAGUCUUGGGCAGCUCUGGCUAGUUGGGCGUACAGAUGGGGAAGAAAGGUGGUGGACAAUGCUAGUCAAGGUGAAGGCGUGAAAUUGUUGCAGCAAGAGAAAACCGAGGUGCAAAGCCUCUUACCAGAUAAUGUAUCUGAAGAGGAUAAAGAAAAGAUCUACGGUAUCUUGGGACAAGCAAUGUGUCGGCCUGCUGGUAUCCAGGAUGAGGAUAUGUCCCUUCAGAUUACGGAGAAUGAGGGCAACGGUGAAGACGAUACAGUCGAUGUCAUCUGGAGACAACUUUUGGCCAGUUGCCCUUGGCUGGCCGACCUAGAUGAGUCUGCCUCAGAGGGGCUUAUCAAGCUAUGGCGUAAAGUUGUUCACCGGAUAUUCAGCUUGUAUAAAUUGUCCUGCAGCGCUUACUUCACUUUCUUGAAGUUGAAUGCUGGACGGGUUUCACUCGACGAAGAUGAUCCUCGGAUUCAUUUAAACGGCUCAUCUAAGCAGAGCACUGAUGAUGUCAUCGUUAUGGCCACACUGCGUUUGCUCAGACUGUUGGUAAAACACGCUGGAGAACUUAGACAGUAUUUGGAGCAAGGUCUGGAGACUACACCCACAGCUCCCUGGAGAGGUAUAAUUCCUCAACUUUUUUCACGGCUCAAUCACCCCGAAGUAUAUGUUCGACAAAGCAUCUGUAAUCUACUGUGCCGGGUAGCACAUGACUCUCCUCACCUCAUUCUCUAUCCAGCAAUUGUGGGAAGCAUUUCACUGAGCAAUGAAUCUCAGUCGUCUGGAACCAAGCUGUCAUCAGCCAUUCCCACGUUACUGGGUAACAUGCAGGAUGAUGAGCUGAUGGGUGGUGAGUGUGAUGAUGGGAGUCCUCCAGCUUCUCAAGAAAGCAACAGAGAUGAAACGAAGAAUGGUCUCAGUGAGGACCAAACCAUGAUGCAGGAUUGUUACAGUAAAAUUGUAGAAAAGUUAUCGUCCGCCAGCCCCACCAUGGUGCUACAGGUUCAAAUGCUGGUAGCUGAACUUCGGAGAGUCACGGUGCUUUGGGAUGAGCUGUGGCUGGGUGUCUUGCUUCAGCAACACAUGUACGUGCUGCGUCGUAUCCAGCAGCUGGAGGAUGAGGUCAAGAGGGUCCAGAACAACAACACUCUUCGCAAGGAGGAGAAGAUUGCAAUUAUGCGUGAAAAGCACACCGCGCUGAUGAAGCCCAUCGUUUUUGCACUAGAGCACGUCUGUAGUAUCACAUCAGCACCUGCUGAAACUCCCCAUGAAAAGUGGUUCCAGGACAACUAUGGAGAAGCAAUUGAAAAUGCUUUAGAAAAACUUAGAAAUCCAUCCAAUCCGGCUAAUCCUGGUAAUAGCUGGAUGCCAUUCAAACAGAUCAUGCUGAGUUUACAGCAAAGAGCACAGAAACGGGCAAGCUACUUGUUACGGCUUGAAGAAAUCAGCCCUUGCUUAGCUUCCAUGACUAACACAGAAAUCGCUCUCCCGGGAGAAGUUUCGGAUCGGGACACGAUCACAAUUCAUAGUGUGGGCAGCACGAUCACCAUCCUGCCUACUAAAACAAAGCCUAAGAAGUUCAUUUUCCUUGGCUCUGACGGCAAAAAUUACCCUUAUCUCUUUAAAGGGUUGGAAGAUUUGCAUCUGGAUGAAAGGAUUAUGCAGUUUCUGUCCAUUGUGAACACAAUGUUUGCCACCAUCAAUGGUCAAGAGUCCCCUCAUUUCCGUGCCCGUCAUUACUCUGUCACACCCCUUGGCACCCGGUCUGGUCUUAUUCAGUGGGUAGAUGGAGCCACUCCACUGUUUGGUCUUUAUAAAAGAUGGCAACAGAGGGAAGCUGCACUGCAAGCACAAAAGGCCCAAGAUUCCUAUCAAACUCCUCAGAACCCAGCUAUGGUUCCCCGUCCCAGUGAGCUCUAUUACAGUAAAAUCGGCCCAGCGCUAAAAGCAGUCGGACUAAGUCUGGAUGUGUCCCGUCGAGAUUGGCCAAUUAAUGUAAUGAAGGCUGUGCUAGAAGAAUUAAUGGAAUCCACACCUCCAAACCUCCUGGCAAAAGAGCUGUGGUGCUCAUGUGCCACUCCUGAUGAAUGGUGGAGAGUUACACAGUCCUACGCUAGAUCAACUGCUGUAAUGUCAAUGGUUGGUUACAUCAUAGGUCUGGGUGACAGGCACUUGGAUAAUGUGCUGAUUGAUAUGACCAGUGGAGAGGUGGUGCACAUUGAUUACAACGUUUGCUUUGAGAAAGGCAAAAGUCUGCGUGUUCCUGAAAAAGUCCCUUUCCGGAUGACCCAGAACAUUCAGAGUGCGCUGGGAGUAACAGGAGUGGAGGGAGUAUUCAGACUGUCAUGUGAACAGGUCCUUCACAUAAUGAGAAGAGGCAGAGAGACAUUGCUGACUUUACUUGAGGCUUUUGUUUAUGACCCACUUGUGGACUGGACAGCCGGUGGAGAAGCUGGAUUUGCUGGUGCUGUGUAUGGUGGAGGAGGUCAGCAAGCAGAAAACAAACAAAGCAAGCGAGAGAUGGAGCGGGAGAUCACACAGAGCCUAUUUUCUUCCAGAGUAGCAGAAAUCAAGGUCAACUGGUUUAAAAACAAAGAUGAGAUGCUGAGCGUCCUUCCUAAACUAGACAACAGUUUAGAGGAAUACCUAAACUUGCAUGAAGGGUUGUCAGACGUGGAGAAGCUGCAGGCCAGACUUGUGGAAGAGAUGGCGUUCCUAGAGGGAGCCGAAGCAACAGAUCACCCUGCUCAUACUCUGCAGCAUCGGUAUUCUGAACACACCCAACUCCAGACACAGCAGAGAGCGGUCCAGGAAUCUAUCCAAGUGAAGCUGAAUGAAUUUGAACAGUGGAUAACACAGUAUCAAGCUGCCUUCAGCAAUUUAGAGGCUACAAAGUUGGCAGGCUUGCUUCAGGAAAUAAGCAGCCAAAUGGACUUAGGUCCUCCCAGUUAUGUACCGGCUACAGCUUUCUUACAAAAUGCCGGCCAGGCACACCUCAUCACACAGUGCGAACAGUACGAGGCAGAGAUUGGCGCGCUGCUGCAACAGCGACGGUCUGUGCUUCGCGGCUGCCUUGAGCAUCUGCAUAACUAUGCCACCGUUGCUCUGCUGUAUCCAAGGUCCGUGUUUCAGAAACACAGAAUGGAACAGUGGAAGACCUGGAUGGAAGAAUUGAUUUGCAGCAUGACAAUGGAGCACUGCCAAGAAUUAUACCGGAAGUAUGAAAUUCAGUAUGCACCUCAGCCCUCUCAAGCGCAGUUCAUUUCUGCCACAGAGCUGGCACUGCAGCGUCAUUACGCAGAUACUAAUAGUCGUCUUCUGCGACAAGUGGAGCGACUUAAGCAGGAGGCGGUGUCUGUGCCAGUGUGUGAGGAGCAGCUCAAAGAAAUUGAGCGUUGUAUCAAAGUUUUCCUGCAUGAAAAUGGCGACGAGGGCUCAUUGAGUCUGGCCAGCGUUGUCAUCUCCGCCCUUUGUACUUUAACAAGACGCAAUCUAAUGAUGGAAGGAGCUGCCUCUAGUGCAGGGGAACAGCUGGUGGAUCUAACAUCGCGGGACGGAGCCUGGUUCUUGGAAGAGCUCUGCAGCAUGAGUGGCAAUGUCACCUGUCUCGUACAGUUACUCAAGCAAUGCAAACUUAUUCCACAAGAUCUGGAUAUACCAAACCCUAUGGAGGCGUCUGAAGCUGUGCAUCUGGCGAAUGCAGUGUACACCUCCCUUCAGGAAUUGAACUCAAACUUCUGUCAGAUAAUUUUCCCUGAAGCUCUGAGAUGCUUGAUGAAAGGUGAGCAGACAUUAGAGGCCAUGCUGCAAGAACUGGACAACCUGAUUGAACAGACAACAGAUGGGACUCCGCUGCAGGCUGUGGUCGAUUCACUGCAGACCUAUCUGAGGAACGCAGCCAUGGGUCUGGAAGAUGAGGCAAAUGCUCACUACAUUGACAUUGCAAGGUUACUUCAUUCUCAAUAUGGAGACCUAAUUCAGCCAAGAAAUGGAUCUGUGGAUGAAACUCCAAAAAUGUCAGCUGGUCAGAUGCUUCUUGUGGCGUUUGAUGGGAUGUUCGCUCAGGUCGAAACUGCAUUUGGAUUAUUACUUGAAAAGUUGAAACAAAUGGAAAUCCCACCUGCUUGGAGAAAGGUUGACAUCAUCCGUGAAGCACGCAGUAUUCAAGUGAACUUUUUUGAAGAUGAAGAACUUCGGCGUGUUUUGGAUGAAAUGUUCUUCCUAAAGAGACUACAAACCAUCAGGGAAUUCUUCCGACUUUGUGGAGUUUUCUCUCAAACCUUGUCUGGAAAGUCCCCAAUAGAUGAUCAAACCCCUGUAAAUGGUCCGGUUCAGCUAGUCAAUGUUAAAACCAUGUAUAGAAAUUCUUCUUUGAGUGAAGAGCAGAUGGCCAAACCAAUUAAGUCAUUUACUGCUGAUUUUGUGAGGCAGCUAUUAAUCGGCCUCCCUACACAGGCCUUGGGGCUGACCCUGUGCAGCUACAUCAGUGCACUGGGGGUGGAUAUAAUUGCCCAAGUAGAAGCCAAGGACUUUGGGGCUGAAAGCAAAGUCUCUGUUGAUGAUCUCUGUAAGAAGGCAGUGGAGCACAACAUUCAGAUCUCCCGCUUCUCACAGCUUGUGAUGAACAGAGCUACUGUCUUAGCCAGUUCGUUUGACACUGCUUGGAAGAAACAAGACUUGGUCCGCCGCCUAGAAACCAACAUUGCAUCCUGCAAAACCAGCAUGCAACGUUUACAGCUGCACAUUGCAAUGUUUCAGUGGCAACAUGAAGAUUUACUGAUCAGUCGCCCGCAGACGCCAUCUGUUACUCCUCCUCCUCCAAGGUCUGCAAUUUUAACAAGCAUGAAGAAAAAACUUCAUACACUUGGACAAAUUGACUCUUCUAUUGCUGCAUCCCAGGAAAAACUUGCCGCUUUAGAAGCCAGCAUUGAACAGCGUCUAAAAUGGGCAGGAGGUGCAAAUCCCACGUUGGCACCAGUCCUUCAAGAUUUUGAGGCUACAAUAAGUGAGCGAAGAAACUUUAUGCUAAAGGAGAGUCAAAGAACAAGCCAGGUAACAUUCCUGUGCAGCACCAUCAUACACUUUGAAAGCCUACGUACACGGACUGCCGAGACCCUGAGCUUAGACACCAGCUUAUUUGAGCUCAUUAAACGCUGUCAGCAGAUGUGCUCGUUUGCUUCACAGUUCAACAGCUCUGUGUCUGAGCUUGAGCUACAACUUUUAAAACGAGUGGCAGCCUCCAACGAGCACACUAUUGGAAGCCCCGAGUGGCUGGUUUCUGCCCACAAACAGCUGAGCCAUGAUAUGGUGAAUCAGAGAAAUCUGCAGAGUGAGAAAGAGCAGCAAGUAGAAACUGUGUGUGAGACCAUCCAGAAUCUGGUGGACUGCAUCAAGACUGUGCUCACCGGUCACAAUAGGCAGCUAGGAGAUGUGAAACACCUAUUGAAAGCCAUGGCAAAGGAUGAAGACGCAGCCGUGAUUGAUGGUGAAGAUGUGCCAUACGAGAACAGUGUGAGACAGUUUUUGGUUGAGUACAAGUCCUGGCAGGAUAACAUCCAGACUGUCCUGUUCACUAUCGUUCAGGCUCUGGGCCAGGUGCGCACCCAGGAACAUAUAGAAAUGCUGCAGGAGAUCACGCCAACUCUGAAGGAGCUGAAGAUGCAAAGCCAGAGCAUUUACGACAAGUUGGUGGGAUUUGCUUCGCCUUUGGUAACUGAUACUACAAACGAAUGCGCCAGUCCAGUGUCCUCCUCUAUGUAUCUGCCCAGCUUUGCUGCAGCUGUGCGAAGCAACACUCUCCAGAAGACCCAGCCAGAGGGCAUGUCUCAGAAUGCAAAAAAGCCAAUUCAGAAAAACUUGGCCCCAUCCACAGACACCCCUCCCAGCACCAUUCCAGGGCCUGUCAAGUGCAUCGUUUCGAGUCCAAAAAAGGCAGUGCGGGAUCCAAAAACUGGCAAAGCUGUUCAAGAACGUAAUUCUUAUGCCGUCAGUGUGUGGAAACGUGUGAAAGCCAAGCUGGAGGGAAGAGAUGUGGAUCCUAACAGGAGGAUGUCUGUAGCCGAGCAGGUGGACUUUGUGAUUAAGGAGGCAACAAACCUAGAUAACCUGGCUCAGCUGUAUGAAGGUUGGACAGCUUGGGUGUGAGAAAGAAGACUGCAAACAAGCCUGGUUCAGCACAGUCCGAAAUCCACCAGAAUCACUCAAGUCUCAGGCAUCCACAGCCGCGCCAAGGCCGGUGGCGAUGUAUACUGGGGGCUUAAUCUAGGAAAUCCUGGUGCAGUGGGAAAAGGAAUCCCACAAGAACGCUGCACCCAGAGAAAUGUUAAACAUCAAUGGUCAGCAAUCCCCAGGGCACAGAGUAUAACGCUCACCGUCUGGUUAACGUGAUUGUCUUUCUGCUACGGAAGAUCUGACAAUAAGUCUGACAAAUGGCUGCAGAAAGAAAUUGGUAUCCUCCAGACAGCAUGGUGAUCCAGAACUCUCUUCCAUGUGACCCUGUCAACAAUUGAGGAAAUGCUAAACCCUGUUCGUAAAGGGGGGAAAACUGGGGCCAUCAAGGAUUUGCCGUGAAGAAGAUGCUGUCAGUUUCUUGGGGUUACUCUUGUUGCUUGGCAACAUUAUUGGUUGAGUUGACCAGUUUAGCACAGACGAGGCUAGGAGAUGAAGCAUGCCUUGCAUAAAAUAAAAAAAACAUAGCUGAAAAGAAGCAGCCAAAGAACAGAAUUGUGAAGUUAGGUGGACUUCUGAGAAGAAGAAAAAGCCUUGUUCUCCAUUCUUUUCUUCCCCUAAAUUCUUGUAGGUUAGGAAGACUUGUUAUUUUCUUGUACUUCUCACUCAGUAGUCAGCUUUUACUGUAUGUACGUUCGCUAGUUGGGCAGAAAUCCAAAUAAAACUUAGAGCUUUCAAAACCAUUCAUGUAGACGAUUCCCUAUGGGUAGACCUAGCAGUGUCCACAUCCUCUCCUGAAGGGAUCAGCGCUGUGCAUUGAAACAACAACGUGUUCUUCCGAUCAGAAAACCGCUGGUUUAUAGUUAUUUUUCCAGUUUUUUAACACGAUUCUGGUGGAGGUAGACUGCAGUGGUGGAAAAUUCACAAUGUGAGCGUUUUUCAUACUUUUCCCAGUAUGUGUGAAUUGAGAUUCCUUGCCGCAUUAGCAGUGUCCAUUCUGAAGCGGUGCUUAUUCAGUUAUAUGGCUCCAACUCAUGCGCGAUUUUCUAUUUUUCAUCUUCUUUUUUUUUUAUUCCAUUUGAAAAGACACAUGGAUCCCCAAAGACACAGGUUUUCUUAAACUGCUUUAGAUAUACGUAUAGAAAUUUCAAUUUACUGAUCGUUUCUUUUGCUUUUACCUCCGACGUUCUGUAGGACAUUGCAUACACAUGACCACCCACGAGCUGUCCAAUCAGAGGUGAACCGUACGAUCCUUCAUUUAGCUAGUUAUGCCAUAGCCGGUAGGGAUUUGUUGUAAAUCUUGAUGACUUUAAAUGAACCCUGUUGAACUCCCUUUUUUGUGCUAUUUUUAUGUUCUUCCCUUUAGUUAAUUACCCAUCUGCAUAAUUUAAUUUUAAUUGCCAUUGUGUUCCUGUGUAUGUGAUCUAUUCAUUUGGUGUGGUCCCUGAGAAUAAGUCCCAGCGUGAAAGCCAAUUGAUCUACCAUCUGAUGAUACUGGAUAUUACUAAGAGCACAUAUUCUGUCUGUUUAGGGAGAAUCUUGAUUCAACCAGCAACUGCCAUCAAACCGCUAACUACGUUACCAGCAAUAUUUCAUGACCUUUAACGUUCCCCGUCAGGGAGGACUGCAGCAAGUGGUGGCAAAAUCUGUUUUAGGCGCCCCCCUGCCUCUGACGAGACCAUUUAAUCAGUUUGAGAAUUUUUUUCACUUUUUUUUUUUUUUGUUUUCUCUCUCCCCCCCCUUCCACCAAACCUAAAGUAUUAACAGAAUUCACGUAAAAAGUUGUAAUGUUGCGGUUAGUGUACCUGUCAGUGUAGGGAUGGCAGUCGUGUUUUACUCUGGCCGCUAAGAGUUUAUAAAUGCUGAGUAAUGCAUGCCGUUUUGUGUACCAGCAGACAUUACUUAAAAUGGUGAUGGUAAGACUUUGUCCGUCAGAAUUCUAUGUAAAGGAAUAACAGAUUUUUUCUUUUCUUUUUUUUUUUUUUGAGCCACUUUUACUAUUAACAAAAAUCCUUGUAAGGUGUAGAUAAAGUGAGGAAAGACUGUUCCAUUUAAUUUCCUGAGAAGCGUUGACAUUAAUGCACUUCACGGACACCUGUAAUAUUACAUUUCUGCUUUCAGAUACAAAGGUCUAUGAAGAAUCAGAAUCUUAAUGUUGAAAUAAAGUUACAUACUUCCUUAUUAAACUGUAUUAGUUUUUGAUAACUGGAUGGCGUUCAGUCCUAAAAUAAAAAAUGCUUUGCUUUACUUACAUGGAGUACAAUC